CGCGUGUUUUUGUUGACAAACCAAAAGACGAUUCUGAACGUGCCAGCACGAUGUCCUCCGACGCCGGUUCCUCGUCCACGGCCGAGGACAUCGCCACCAUCGGCUUCCAGAUCAUCGCGGCGGCGAAGGAGAAGCCCGGCGGCAUCAACAACGAUGACCUGAUGGCGGCGCUGCCGGACGUGCGGCCGGAACAGCGCGUCCAAGCUCUGAACAAGCUGCUCCAGGAGGACGUGCUGGAGAUCCUGAAGAAGGGCCAAACGCUGAUCUACCGGCUGAAGGACCCGGGCAAGAAGUCGACGGCACCGAAGGACAUUGACAACGAGGAGAAGAUAAUUUACGCGAUCAUUGAGGAGGGUGGGAAUCGGGGGAUUUGGAUUCGGGACAUUCGGGUCAAGUCGAACCUGAUCAUGACGCAGCUGAACAAGGUGCUGAAGCAGCUGGAGAACAAGAAGCUGAUAAAGGCGGUCAAAUCGGUGAAUGCCAGCAAGAAGAAGGUCUACAUGCUGUACAAUCUGGAACCGGACCGGUCGAUUACGGGGGGCGCCUGGUACCAGGAUCAGGACUUUGAGGCCGAGUUUGUGGACGUGCUGAACCAGCAGUGUUUGCGGUUUCUGCGGAUGAAGAAGGAGAUGGCCAAGGAGUGCCGGGAUGGGCCGUUGGCGGUGCAGAAGUUGGCCUAUUGCUCGGUGGCGGAUGUGCACAAGUUCAUCUCCGAUUUGGGGAUUAGCAAGAUCAGCUUGGACGAGGACGACCUGGAGACGAUUCUGAAGACGGUCGUGUACGACGGGAAGGCGGAAUCGAUGCCCACUGUGGAGGGUAAGAAUCUGUACAAGGCGGUGGAGGCACCGCUGGCGUCGCCGGGGCUGGUGCAGAUGCCGUGCGGGAUUUGUCCGGUCAUCAAGAACUGUUCGGAUUUCGGGGAGAUUACGCCGAAGCUGUGUUCGUACAUCAACGAAUGGUUAGAUUAAAGGAGUUUGUGAUUUAAAAA